GAGGCCGUGUCGUCCUCCCUCUCCUCUCUCUCCUCCACCGGUCCAACUUUUUUUUCCUUUUUUUCCUCCCUGUACAUUUCCACGUCACCUCGGACACAGAAACUAUCAUCUUUUUUUUUUUGGCAUCCUAUGCAAAUAUAUGCUGACGUACGCGAUCAUGUGGUCCCGUCGUCGAUCCCCUCGCCCCCCCUCGCCCCCUCCUCCCGCCGCCGUCUGUACGUCGAGCCUCAGUCUUUACCGUCGCCCCGCUCCGCCGCUCCGCUCCGGAUCUGUGGGAGGAACGAGCAGCGACUUCCAGCCGCCGCAGGUCGCCGAGCCCCCGCACAGAUCCCACCAGAGAUUACCCAGAGUGCCACUGGCCUGAGGGUCGUCUGGGAGACGAGAGAGAAAGAUCGAGGAGGUGGAGCCUCUGGAAGAGAAGCCCCUCCCUUAAAACCAGUGAAGCCCCUCCCCUCUGAGGAAGUGCACUUGAGCGCCGCUGCCGUCUGUGAUGCCCUCCCAUGACGCCCCGGUCAACAGCUGACACUGCGAGUGAGCGGGAGACGCCACUGCACAACCGGGCCUGGGCCAGCGCCACAAGCCGGUUCUCGCCCUCCCUCCCUCACGCUGGAGACGCCACCUCCACCCGCAUACCGGUAUCCACGACCACCAGCUCCGAUCCACCCCAGUAAGACCCCGUCACACACCGACACGCUGACGUCCUUGGCAAACACCAGCAGCAGCAGCAGCCAAAAACCACAAUAUCUUCAACGCAAUCAGCAACACCAGCACCGACACUGUCACCAGCAGCAGCAACCGUCAUGUCCAGCCGGAGAAAGUCCUCCACCCCCUGCAUGGUUCGGGUCAUCAGUGACCUGCCCAAAGAGCCAGACGAACCGGAGGAGGUGAUGGACACAGAAAACAUGGCGGACAAUUCAGAAUCAUGUGAAUCUGCAGAGAAGAGUCAAGUCGUCCAGCAGGAGAAGCCAGAGAAUCCAGACCAGCAGACGUUCCCAAAACCAGUGGAAAACCAAAACCCUGAGCCAUUAGAACAAGAGGAGGGGUUGGGUGGAGAAGACCCACCUCCUGUCAUCGAAAGUGUAGAAGCCAGAGAGGAGACGGACGGGGGAGAGGCCGAAUCUGACCCGGCGUCCCGGAGAAAGAUGUCCAGAGGGUACGAGUGCAAAUACUGCACGUUCUCCACGCAGAACCUGAACGACUUUAAAGAGCAUGUGGAUUCAAGCCACCCCAACGUCAUCCUCAACCCGUUGUACCUCUGUGCUGUGUGCAACUUCAACACCAAGAAGUUUGACUCACUCACGGAGCACAACGACAGCCAGCACCCGGGCGAGACCAACUUCAAGUUCAAGCGGACAAAAGUGAACAAUCAGACUAUUUUAGAGCAGACAAUCGAAGGCAAAGACAACUCAUUUGAAUGUGAAGUGACAAAUGAACCGGGUGAAGGCAGCCACAGCUCAACAGUGUUACCACCUUGUAUAUCUACAAUGGUGAAAACCCCGGGUCAUAUCCAGUCGCUCUCUAAGGGGGGCGACCUGAAGAGCCAGCUGGAUGGUCUGAUCCACAAGGAUCAGAUCACAGCAGUGAACAUCAACGGAACAGUCAUCAUCCCGGAACCCACCAUCCUUCAAGGGCUCUCCCAUGUCACCCCAAUGCUCCAGCGCCCGCCCAACUUUAACUCUGUACCAAAAAUAGCUGUUCCCUUGAACACCACCAAAUAUAACCCUUCAUUAGACGACAACCUGACAUUGAUCACCUCCUUCAGCAAGUUUCCUUACCCGACACACGCUGAGCUUUCGUGGCUCACGGCGGCCUCCAAGCACCCGGAGGAACAGAUCAAAGUCUGGUUCACCACCCAGCGGCUGAAGCAAGGCAUCACCUGGUCCCCGGAGGAGGUGGAGGAAGCAAGAAAGAAAAUGUUCAAUGGUUCCAUCCCUCCUGCCCAUCAAACGUUCACCAUCCUGCCUACAAGCCCCUGCACUCAGCCGUCUGCCAAAGCCUCCCAGCAUCCAGUCGUCCACACCACAGUCGGGCAUCCAGUUCACGUCCGGACGACCACGUGCAAUGGGUUGAGUGUAGUCACCACAUCGGCUGGAGUCGCCAUUGGCUCCAGCCACACCCUUAAACGACCCCUACCAGCACACCUGACGACAGUGUUUGGCCCCGAGUCUAAGCGACCCAUCAUGGCAGUUGCCCCCCAUUCUGGCGACCCAAAAGACAAGGGCCUCAUGGCUCCACCUCCUCCCCCUCCUCCCCCGAAAGACCGCCUCCCGAUGGCGCCACCUCCUGUUCCCAUGGAGAUGAAGAGGCCUGUAGCAGUUCCUCUGGUCACCACAGAGAUGAAGAGGCCAUCCGCUGCUGUGCCUUUGAUGCCACCACCGUCAUCAUCACCAUCUUUGUUGUCCAAAGGGAAGAUUCUCUCAACAUUAGGAAGCCACAAAACAAAGCCGGUAGUGUCACUGCCCUCCAUAGUCUUUCCAGAUUCCUUAACCAGGCGAACGAUAGCUCCCCCGCCAAUCUUUGCCCCUUCAUUUCAAAACUCUUUACUUAUUCCUCGCAGUUCCAUUGCUUCCAAAGAAAAGCACCCCAACACGCAUGCUUUGCCGGCUGCUGAUGUGAAGCUGCCGAACUCCCCUCCACUCAUCAGCCCACAGAUAAGGAGGCCGACCAUUAUUCAGUCCAUUCGUGCUCCAGCUAAAGCCCCUCCACAGAUUUCGGGGUUCACCCUGGAUGUCAAGAAACUAAAAGAGCAGCAAGGAGUGGAUCUGAAAGCCAGCUACCCCAGAGGAGACAAGGUACUAACUCCUCUGGCAGAGGCCAAUGGGACGUCUCGCACAGAUGGCAAAUGGCCCCACAAUCAGAGCUCUGUUCACAACAAUGGAGUUAUACAUUUGGAUGGUGACCGGCCGCCGGCAUCACCAAAACUAGAUUUUCAGCAAAAGUCCUCUGUGCUGACCCAGUUUCCCUUGUUGGAGAGAAUGAAAGGAAAGACAGCAGAUCAGCUUAAGAUCCUGGAGGAGAACUUCUUGAGGAACAGCUUCCCAACACACAACGAUGUGGACAAUCUGUCUGCCAGCACCCGUCUGUCCCACCAGGAAAUCGACAGCUGGUUCGCGGAGCGUCGCGCUUUACGCGACAACCUGGAACAAGCACUUAUCAACUCCAUGGGCACCAAGAGGAUCGGCGUGGGUGGCAUCGCCGCCCUCACUGAGAAACAACUGUAUCAGCAGCAACAGCAGCACCAAACUCUAAAGCUGAACGGGAUUCACAAACCAAGCACUGGUGGGGGCCGUCGUAAAAGCCCUCCGCCACCUACACACACUAUGCCCAUCAUUGCACCCUCCGUCCCCAACCCCAAUUCCUUCUCAGUGCCUCCAGACAGCCGAUCGCUGGCGCUCCUCAAGGACGAUUUUGCUCAAACUCGGUGGCCUUCCCCUGAGGAGUUCAGCCAGCUGGAGGGUCGGACAGGACUGGCUCGCGCCGACCUCGCCCGCUGGUUCAACGACAGUCGGCUGCAGAGCGGCAGCAUGGACCUGACGGAACUUUUUAACAACAACGGAGUAAACGGAGGACAGGGGCCGCCGGUACGCUCCCCCGAACAUGCUCCCUCCAGCAUCAUCCAGCGCUUUCAGGAAGGAGCCAUGACAAACAACAGCAGCAGCAGUAAGUUGCUGGAGGUGGAGUUGGGCUGGCUGAUGGAGCAGCGCACCAACAGCCUCAUCAGCCAACAGCACGAUGACGUCCACGGCCGGUUCGCUGGAAGGCUGCGGCAGCAGAACGGGGGAGUGAUGGGCGGAGCGAGGGAAGUGUUCGGGAGGUGGCUGGAGGACGGACGGGCGAGGAGAGGACGGGAUCUGCUCCUGGACCGAGAGAGGAAGAUGGCGGACGACGCGUCCGGGAGGCUGACGGGAUAAAACGGUGCAAAUAGGAUUUUCCGCCGUCGUCUUCGCCAUCGCUGCUGCUGGAAACACGGAAGGAAAGAAAACGAAGAAUAACGGAGCAACAAAAGACUUUUUUAUCCAGAUUUUGUUUUUCUUUAUUAUUUUAGAUUUUUACAGAUUUCUUUCUUUUUAAACCUUUUGAUUGUCGCACUGCAGAUCACGCACAACAACAUCCUCCUCCUGCUCUCGACCUGAGGUAACCCCCCCCCCACGUUCACGACAAGAAGAUGAGUUUUUUACUUCUUUUUAAUACACGGAUAUUUUUAUUAAAUUUGCCCUGAUUGGAAAUCUGAAGAGAGAUUCAGGGUCAAGACCUUUUCCUUCCUCACAGUGAAUCUCAUUUUACAGUAAAAUUUAAAUUGGAGUAAAUGUUGAUCCCGUCGAGAGACGAGGCUCCAGCUGAGACCUGGUCCUCAACGAACUGAAGCUGCUUUCUGAGGUGGAAUCUGUUUUUCUUCACGUAAAAAUCCCCAAAAUACUUUUAUUAAUCGAUGGAUUCAUGAAAAUUCAGGUCAAAUUUGUUACUGGAUGUAGUUUGAAACUUGUCUCUCUGGUUCCGAGCUGCUGUUUAAAGGAGAAGUUUAGUUUGUAGGCGAGAAGUGAAAGAGGAUGAUUUGUUAUUGAUUUAAAGAAAAGAUAUAUUUUAUUUGUCGCUUCCUAAACCGUUUUCUGUUUGGUCCUGAUCUAAACUUCCCCUUUAAGAAGAAGCUCGGUUCACGAUCAGCACUUUAACCUCGGAGUGACGCCGCGCAGCAGGUCGAGACGUGUUGUGGCUGAGGUGAUGUUGUGCGUGACCUGUGUUGCCGUGGAGACGCGAGGAUGAGGAUGAUGAGGACGAACUGGAGCACUGACUGUGCGCCUGCAGCAGCCGUCUGACUGGUUCACACUGACCAACCGGACGGAAGGAUUUCAACAAACAAACAAACAAACAAGAAAAAAAAAACAUGUAGAAAACUACGACAAACUACAAACGCCGAGUGCCAAAGCUGGAAUCUGCUGCAUCUCACUACACUUUUGAAAAAAAGGCUUCUUCUUCUUCUGCUUCUUCUUCUUGUAUAUAGGACAUAUGUUUGUUUGUUUGUUUGUUUGUUUGUUUGUUUGUUUGUUUUUCCUGUAUUGCUACAGAUUUGUAAAAUUUUGCGGGAAACAUUUUGUUACAUUUUUGUAAAAAUGGGAGCAACUCGUCCCCCCGGACCUCCGA